UUUAAUGCUGGUGUAUUAAAGAUCAAUGCGUUCCUUUUGUUGGAAAAAAAGUGUGAAAACUGACCCAGUAGGUGACAUAACAAAACUAUUUGUAAAAAAACAGGGAGGCGGAUAUAUAAAUCAAAACAAAUAUAGCUAGCAAGUUAUAGAAAAUGGAAUCAAGUUUUGUGAGUAAAUCAAACAUUGAUGAAAAGAAGAAAAAAAGAAAAGAAUAUUUCCAGAAUAAACUACAAGAUGCAAAGGAAGAGUAUGAAUCCAGCAAAAGAAAGAGGGAGUUGGAAGAAUCUAGGGGUGACUCAAAAUGGAUGUUACCUUCUGUUAAUGAAAGAUUGGAGGCUGAAUCAGACUCAAAAAAGAAAAAGAAAAGCAAGCACAAGAAAAAAUCCAAAAAACAUAGACACAAAAAGAAGAGCCAUAAAGAAAGUGAAUCUUCUGAGGAAAGUGAUGAAUGGGAAGAGAUGGCAACUACUUCAACAAAAACAGAAAAAGUUAUUCAUCCAAACUCAAGCGAAGUAAACAUUAAUGAAACAGCAUCCAAAAGGGAAGAAACAUAUGACUUCACACCGCAGAGAGAUGAAUGGAUGAUGUCAUCAUCUUUAUUGGAUAUUGCAACCAAAACUACUACAGGACGGGAAAAUAAAACGAAGAAAAAACAACAAGAAACUCGUAAGAAAGAGGAAGAAGAAAGAGAGAAAAUUCAUGAAUCCAGAGAGUUGAAUCCAUUCUGGAAAAAUGGUGGUACUGGUAUGCCGGAGGAAGAAAGAAAAACAGCUGCUGAGUCAACAAAAAAUUAUCACAUUGGUGAUGGUGGUCGUAGUUGGAUUCACAAAGCAUAUGAACGUGCUAAGCAGCAAGCAAAGGAAGACGGGAUUCCACUAGAAGAAAUCGUGGCUAAAAGAUGGGGGUCAGCGGAGAAGUUAAACGCGCUACUCAAAGCUGCUGAUAGAAACACAAGACCGAGCAAGACGGACUCAGGUUGGCGUAAGUUUCCAGUGAAAGAAACUAAGAAGGACCUAGCUGAAACUGUUUCUAAACAAAUUGAUAACUCUGUCAAAUUAACAAAGCCGUCAUCGAAUGUACAGGAAGACAACACCAAGCAUAGCUCUGAAGAGAAUGACAGUAGCAGUGAAAGCUGUGAGGAUGAUACAACUGAAGUGAGAACCAAACCUUUGACAGAAAAGGAGAAAAACGAAAUCAAUGCAAAAAUACUUCGAGCUGAAUUAAUGGGUGAUGACGAGCUAGCUGAAACAUUAAAACAACGUUUAACAUCUGGAAAUCAAGUAACUGUUAAGAAAAAUACAUCCAAACAAAAAAGUAAAAAGAAAAUAGGGAUGAACGAGGAGGAAUCUUCGGAAGAUGGUGGUGAAGAGGUUAUACUUACAAGAAGUGACAAACAUGGAAAUUUGUAUCCAGUGAAAUUGAAAACUGAUGUUGAAGAAUUAAAUCAGCGAAAGAAACGAAAAAAGAAAAAGAUCGGACCAACACAUGAUUCGGAUGGAAAGAGGAUCAGGUAUUUUGAAGACGAUGACAAUGUUGAUCUCAAAACAAUGGUUGAACAAGAACGCCUGACAUCUGUGGCUGAUCAACAAGCCAUGUUAGGUACUUUAGCUGCGAAGCAUCUAGGAACGUCCAUGGGAGAUGAUUACACGUUAGAUGACAUGUUCAUGACAGCGUCUGCUACUAAAGGGAUGUCAACUGCUGAAGAGAAGAGAAUCAAAGACAAAGCUUCACAAGAACAUAGACAAAGAAAUUUACAAAUUGAAAGUUGUCGAUUCUGCUUCGAAAAUCCAAAGAUAGCCAAACACUUGAUCAUUGCGAUUGGAAUAAAGACUUACCUCGCUGUCCCAAUUAAUGCCUCGUUGACAGAAGGUCAUUGUAUCAUUAUUCCUAUGAAUCACGUGAUUGGUCAGACUUACUUGGAUGAAGACGUGAUACAGGAAGUUAACAUUUUCAAAAAAGGAUUGACAAGAAUGUUUUCAGACAACGAUGAAGACGUCAUGUUCUUGGAAACCUGUAAAAAUUUAAAUCGUCAACAUCAUUGUAUAGUUGAAUGCAUACCAGUACCUAAAGAGAUUGGAGACUUGGCGCCAAUAUAUUUCAAGAAAGCUAUUACAGAAACUGGCUCGGAGUGGAGUCAAAACAAAAAACUCAUAACAAUAGACGCAAAACAAGGUGUUUCAAAAGCGGUUCCAAAAGGAUUACCAUAUUUCUCAGUAGAGUUUGGUAGAGAUGGUGGUUUUGCUCAUGUUAUCGAAGAGGAAGUAAGUUUUCCUCUAUUCUUUGGCAAGGAGAUAAUUGGUGGGAUGCUUGAUUUGGAACCAAGAUUUUGGCGCAAACCUCCAAAAGAAAGUUUCGAACAACACAAAAAAAAAGUUUUGAAAUUCGCUGAGCUGUGGAAGCCAUACGAUUGGACAUCAAAGCUAGCGUAAUAAAAUUCACAUUUUAUUUGAAUGAAAAAGAUAAUAUUUCGUACUUUCAUUGAGUUUUAACUGUGUAAAAAUAACGAUUCACUUUUUAUAAGAAAACAUUAUAUGGCUUUA